UGAAACUGAAGAGGUUACUUUAUACCACAAGUACCUUAAGUUUGAAUGCCCUGCAGCCUCCUGUAGAAUUAAGCUGCUCUCCUUUGGUGAGAAACACAGAGUACUCAUCAAUAAAAUAAUUCUAGAAGUGAAAGCAGUGUCUGCAAAACUAGCAACUGAUUUUCCCUCACUAGGCUCAAGCAUAGAUCUAGACAGAGUGCAAACUAUAAUGGAAUCCAUGGGAUCUAAGUUGUCUCCAGGUGCUCAGCAGCUCAUGGACAUGGUCCGGUGUCAGCAGAAGAACAGUUUCCCUUUUGGAGAGAAGCUCAGUUGGAUUAUGGGGAGGAAUUCUGGCUUUGGAGGUGACCAUGCACUAGAUGGAAUGCACAGAGCAGCUCUGCAGUCAUCACUGAAUCCACCAACCAGUGAACCUUUGCCUGUUAAAAAUCAUUUAACAAGUGAGGCAGUGUAUAGAGAUGUAAAAAUAACUCGUGAUCUGAACUCAGAGCUACCUGAAACAGGGAAUACUUUGGAUUCUGAAAGACUUCCUACCCAGCAAAAUGCAGCUGACCUCAGGAAUGAUUUGAAAGUCAUGGGAUCUCUGCACAUGCAGCAGCAAGCAGGUGAAACUCCAAACCUGGCCAACCCACAGGUGCUUAUUCCUUUUCUUCAAAACCUGUGCACUCAGGUGAAUCACCUUCGGCUCAGGGAUGGAGAGAGGCACCUCGGGAAGAGUGCAGUGGCCAAAGAGGAGACUGCUCAGAGUGCUGGAGUGGAACAACAGCCCAUUUGCUCCUAUUUGGAAAAGAUCAUUUCAAAAAACCUGGAUCUGAUGGAGAAGAAGCUAAUGGACUAUAUUGACUGCCAAAUCCAGGCUCUUCAGACACACAUAGACAAUAAAAUGUUUCUCUUGAUGGACUUGGUUCAGAACUCAAAACCAAACAAAAUUUCCCAAGCACACUAUGACUCUAACGAGGGGUUUUCUAAUGGGGAGAGAUAGAGGGGUUCACAGGUGGGGUUCAGUGUGAAUACCUGGAGUAAUUAAUUACACUUCACAAAGCUCAGUAUUUAUGCAGUUCAAACUAUGAAAAACCUCAGUGUUGUUAACUUGCAUUUUGUUACUGUAAUUCUAUCCGCUGUUGUACACACUUGGUAGUUUUAUGAAAGAUCUUAAGAAUGUUUUUUUCCUAAAUAUAAGAGUUUUGUAUGGCCUUUGUGGCUUAUUUAUUUAAAGAGCAUUGCUAGAAGCUGUAUGAGCAGUCCCCCAGUUCCAGUUUGAACAAUGGAGUGCUCUAAAUAAACUGAGUUACUGCUUAUCUUUGUA